AGCCACCACGACACAGAAGCUGCCACCAGGAUGAGGUUCUUCCCCAUUCUGUGCCUGGUGCUGUUCUUCAGCCAUGGAAUGGCUUCCCGCCAACGCCUCCGUUCCAAGGAGAAGAAGAAGGCUAAAGAGUCCACUGUGGGUGCCAUGGGGACUCGCAGAGGCGGGAACUUUGCCGUCAACCUCUUCAAGAACGUUGUUUUUGAAAUCUAUGGUGAGAAUAUUUUCAUCUCCCCUGUAAGUGUGGCUAUGAACUUAGGCAUGCUCUCCCUGGGGGCUCGCUCGAAGACUAAGACACAGAUCCUGGAUACCCUGGGUGUCGACCUCCAGCAAGGCCAAGAGGACAAGCUUCACCAGAGCUUCCAACAGCUGCUGCAGAGGUUCAGCCACCCCAGUGAUGGCCUCGAGCUGAGCCUGGGCAGUGCCAUUUUUAAAGACCCAGCAGUACAUAUCCGGGGUGACUUCCUGAACGCCAUGAAGACACUGUACAUGUCGGACAUUCUCUCUACCAACUUUGGGAACCCCGAAAGCGCUAAGAAGCAGAUCAAUGACUAUGUCACCAAACAGACCAAGGGCAAGAUUGUAGACUUGAUCAAGGAUCUCGACAGAACCCAUGUUAUGUUGGUGGUAAAUUACAUCUUCUUCAAAGGCAAGUGGCAGACGGCCUUCAGUGAAAAAAAUACCCGCAAGAUGGAUUUCCAUGUGACCCCCAAGAAGACCAUACAGGUGCCCAUGAUGAACCGUGAAGAUGAGUAUUCUUACAUCGUAGACCAAAUCAUUCCCUGCACGGUGGUGGGGAUCCCUUAUCAAGGCAGUGCCGUCGCUCUGUUUGUUCUCCCCAACGAGGGCAAGAUGAAGCAGGUGGAGGAUAAUCUGGACGAGAGGAUAUUGAGGAACUGGCUUAAGAUGUCCACAAAGAGACGCUUAGAUCUUUACCUCCCCAAGUUCUCCAUUGAGGGUACCUAUAAACUGGAAAAAAUCCUCCCCAAGCUGGGCAUCCAGGACCUCUUCACCACCCAUGCUGACUUGUCUGGCAUUACUAACCACACCAAUAUCAAGUUGUCUGAGAUGGUGCACAAAGCCAUGGUGGAGGUAGACGAGUUGGGAACCACAGCAGCUGCCACCACAGGAGCGAUCUUCACAUUCAGAUCUGCACGACCGAGCUCUCAGAAGGUAGAAUUCAUCAGACCCUUUCUGAUGGCCAUUAUGGAUGGUGUAAAUAUCUUCUUCCUUGGCAAAGUGGUCCAGCCAUGA